AUGACCGAACUCGACGGGCAGCAAGGCCACUUGAAUGGUCACAGUGGCUUUAUUCUCGCUGUCUUUUGCGUCGUCUCGAUCUUCGUGAUUUGGCCUCUGCGGAUCCCGAUCCCCAAACCUGCCCAACGACCUCUAUUGCUCCUACUCCGGUCGACGAGGAUAAUAUCUCAUGGCGACUAUGACAAGCUAUCCCAACAACGACUACAUCUUUCUCUGUCACUUAAAACCGCGCCGAUAAUUGGAGUGAUCUUACUCUUAGCGACGACCACUAUCCAUGGCAGCACGAUCAAACUUGGAAUCAAAGGCGAUGAAAGCAUCAAGCCAUACGAUGUGCUGGUCCUUUUCAUUUCUCUGGCAUACAUCUCUAUCGCUCUCGACGGUACCGGCGCUCUCGAAGCGGUAGCGCUUUGGGUGUCCAAGAAAGGUGGAAGUUCCGGCCGUUUGCUCUUCCUCUAUCUCUACGCAUUCUUCUUGUUGACUGCCUGUAUUGUGGGGAACGAUCCUUUGAUUCUCUCGGGGACUCCUUUUCUUGCGUACCUGACGCACCAUUCCAAACUCCAGCCAGAGGCAUGGACCUUCAGCGAAUUUAUGGCUGCAAACACCGCAUCGGCUGUGCUGGUGUCUUCCAACCCAACCAAUAUCCUCAUUGCGGGCAGUUUUUCCUUGAAUUAUUUGACAGACUUCACGAAAUGGACGGUCCUGCCUUCCAUAAUCCCGGCCAUCCUAACAUAUCCGAUUCUGAUGGCCAUGUUUUGGAAGAAAAUCCCCAAAACCCUGAUACCGAUCGAAGUUGAUCCCUGGUCAAAGCUACGCGAUCGCAUUGGGGCCUUCGCGCUGAGUGCCCUCAUGCUCAUCACGAUCGCCGUCCUGGUUGGCACAAGUUUUGUUCCAGGUCAUGCCGUCGAGGUGUGGAUGGUCACAAUGCCGGCUGGCGUGUUGGCCUUUUGCUUCGAAGUCGUAAGCGAUCUAUGGAGACCUGAUGGAAAGCAGGAGGUUGCGGUCAAGGAUUCGUACACGUCGUCCACAGAAGAUCAAAUCGUCGAACCACCGAGAGAGCAACUCCCAGUGGAUGGUCAUGCGAAGGAAUCCAAAGAAGAGCCCGAUCCUCCUCCAUUAAGCACUCCCAACACGAUCGGUUCGGCGACAGAGGAAUGGUCUCUCCUUUCUUUUGCACGUAACGUGGCCAACCGCUUUCCCAGAACCACGCGCACAGUCCGCCGACUUCCGAUCUCACUGUUGCCUUUUGCCAUGUGCGAGUUUAUUCUUGUCCGCGGCCUCGAGCAAAGAGGUUGGAUCAAAGUGUUCGCCCAGGGCUUUGCAAACGCAUGUACCACGCCAGCCAAGACGGUUUUCUUCAUGGGCUUUGUCAGCGCGGCCUUUCUCUGUCCCCUCGCGGGCACAAACAUUGGAGCCACAAUCAUCCUUGUCGAGAUAAUGCGAAACCCUGCUUUCUCGCAGUCUUCGGCUGCUUUAGCGGAUCAUCGAAUACUACUCGGCGCCAUAUAUUCGGUUGCAAUGGGCAGUAACAUUGGAGCCUUCAGCUACACAUUCGCUGGGAGUCUUGCAGGCCUCCUCUGGCGUGAUUUGCUCGCUGACAAAGGCAUCAAAGUCAGUCAACUGAAAUUUGCUCGUGUGAAUGCUUUGCCACUUUUGAUGCAAAUUACGACAGCGUCAGCAAUUGUUCUUGGUGAAUUGUAUUGGUUUUCUUAG